CUUCACAUACUUUAGAUGAAGAAGACUGGGGGACGGAUGGAACAACUUUGCAUGUAUGCGUGUUGUGCAAAGCUAGUGUUUUGUUGCGCACAGAAAAUAUAUGGGUUUGUUGGAAUAAAGCACUGCAAAUAGGCUUUUACAUUUCCUCAAACAUGUUUCGUGGACGUCCGCACCGAGGACGGUUUCCCCGACCGUAUGGCCCCCCGGCCGGCAUCCCUUCUCGUGCUUCACAUCACGGCCACUCUCCGCCACCCGGCCCAGGCCGUCCUUUGCCACCCGGGCCUUAUCGAGAAGAGCGAGAGCGACAUGGCUAUCACCACGGCUAUCCGGAGGACUAUCGCCGUUCCCCACCUCGCCGCCGAUAUUCAUCUCCCGGUUCAUCCAGCUAUCGGGGAUCAAGCGGCGAAUUUCGGGGCAAUGGGCCUCCUCCCAGAGAACACUCAAGCAAGCGGCUCACCCCGUCGCCUACGCGGGGGGACAUCCCCAUAGACCACAGCCUGGUGAUCACCGUGGGCAACGAGCUGACCGGGUCUCAAGCACCACGGAGCUCUCGGAACUCUGAGCAUCAUUACGACAGAGAUUACCACACGGGGGACCCUCACUACAAGCACUCGUCCGGUAUGAGGCCAGGUUACGAGCAGGCGUCAGAGGAGCGAUACAGGAGGCGGAGUCAGAGCAGGGGGAGGAGCCGGGCGAGGAGCCGCAGCCACAGCCGGGGGCGGAGCCGGAGCCGGAGUCGCAGCCGCGGAAAGAGCCGGGGGCGGAGCAAAAGCCGGCCUCGGAGCCGCAGCCGGAGCAGGGGGCGGAGCCGGGGGCGGAGCAAAAGCCGGCCUCGCAGCCGGAGCCGGAGCAGGGGGCGGAGUCGGGGGCGGAGCCACGUGAGGGAGAAGAGCCGUAGCCGAAGCCGGAGUGGCAGCAGCAGCAGCAGGAGCAGCCCGAGCCCCCCCUCGAAGGGCAAGGGCUGCCGCGAGGACGAGUUUCGGGAGCUGGAGAUGGCCCGUCGUCGCAAAGAGCUGGAGGAGAUGUUCGGCGCGCCAACGAAAUCCAUCCUGAAAAAGCGGGUCGACUCCGAGACGGACUCCCCUGCAGCCGUGCAGAGCAGUGAUUCUCCGGUGGAUGUCUCCGGGGAUCACCAGAGCAGCAGCCUCUCCAGGGAGACGGAGCGCUUCCUCAGUGUCGUAACCAAGGGGAUGGAGUCCGGCCUGUUCGCCUCCAUGCUGGGGGAGACGGCGGAGCAGCCUCCCGACCAGAGGGUGCGGGCCAUGACGCACGCCCUUAACUUGGGCCAGUACGAGGAGAUCCUGAGCAUGGUCAAGCAGGAGACGGACGGGGAGGGGGGCGGCGAGUUCCUCCUGCCGCACGAGCGGGUCAGGCAGGACAGCAGCGGCUUCUCCAGGAUUUUGGGCAUGAUGGGGAACGCGCCCGAUCUGCAGGAGAAGAGGAAAAGCUUCACGGACAUCGAGGACGAGGAGAAGUUCCUCUACGGGGACGAGGAGGAGGGCGACAGGGAGAAAGUCCCGGGCCAGGCCCACCCGGUGGCCCCGGCCAGGGCGCCCCCACUGCACAGCCAGCCCGAGCUGUCCCACUACGGUGACGGCAGGCCCGAAAUUGCCAAGUAUCACGACGGCAGCAAGUUGGCGGUGCCCCAGUAUCGCGACGGUAAGCCGGAGGUGCCGGAGUAUCCCGGCGGGCGAGAGUUCGGGCAGCGCCGCCUCAGCCAGGCCGGGGCGGCCCACGAGCUCGUGGGCGAGGCGUACGCGACUGACGCCGCCGCCGACUCGCCGUAUCGCCAUGGCGGCAGCGCGGCGGCUGGCGAAGACCGCCUGGACGCCCGCCUGCUCCGGGGCUCUCUCCAGCAGGUGCAGCCCGACGCCAGGUACCACCACCGCGGCCAGACUGUCGCCGUCGCCACCGCCGCCGCUGCGCAGAACAACGGCGGCCAGGCGGGGGCGCCCCAACAGCAGCCCCAACCCGAGGGGUACCCGCCGGGGCUGGACCCGCGGGAGAGCAAGGAGAGGGAGGAGGUGGCGGAGUACGAGAAGAUCCAGGACCUGCUGAAGGCCAUCGGCCUGGACCUGGGCGUGGCCGAGAUCAGCAAGAUGGCGGCGCGGACGCAGGAGCGGCUGCACGGGAAGAAGCCGCCGCCGGGCUCCUCCCGCCGCGUGGAGAGGCUGCAGGAGCGGCGGGCUUCGUCCGGCAGCUACGGCCGGCGCAAGAGCCACAGCAGCACCAGCAGCAGCAGCAGCGGCGGCGGCAGUCGCAGUCGCAGCCGCAGCCGCAGUGAGGGGCGUGGCGGGGGCCGCGGCCGGAAGAGGUCACCGGAAACGGAGGGGCGCUCCGCCUCGCCCCGUCCCGCCAGGCAGGUCUCGCUCGGUGAGUCCCUGAGCGCCGGCGGCGGCAGGGCGGAGCUGGACGCGGACGCUGCGGACAAGAGCUGGGGCAUCCCCGUGCUGGGGAAGGGCGCGACGCAGUCCCGCAUCACCGUCAGCAUGAACCCCCCGCCCGGCCUCGCCCCCGUCCCCCAGCCCGUCGCCGCCAUGGGGGCCCACGCCGUGCCCGGUUACCAGAGCCAGACCCCCGCCUACCCGAUGCCCCCUCCGAACUACCCCCCGCCCGGCUACGCCCAGUACGAGGGCUACAUGCCCUACAUGCCCCCGGGGUGGCCCAUGUACCCUCCCCCGUCCUUGUUGCCGCCCCACUCCCCCGCGGAGGACGCGCCCGCGUCCGGCGCGUCCGCGCGUCCCUACCUGAGAGUCAUCGAGACCGUCGCCUUGGAAACCAGGGAUUCCAGGUCGUCGCAGGCGGCAGGCAAGGCAUCGAUGCCGGGCUCUGAUGACCGUUUUACCAGUCAGCCUGCGAACGAGGAGAUUAGCCAAUCACAGCGGCUGCUGGAAGAGAAAAACAAAGCCAGUCAGAAAGAGAAGGUUAUUGAAGAAAGGGAGAAGCUGAAGAAGGAGCGAGACGUGCGCAUGAAGAAGAAAGAGUACCUCAUGAAGGAGCUGGAGAGGUUACGAAAACAACAAGGGGAGCUCCUGCGGAAGAAGCGGCGGGAGAGGGACGGGCACAAGGACCCGCUGCUGGCGGAGCUGGGCCGGCUGCAGGAGGAGGUGAUGGCGCAGAUCUCCCGGCUGCGCAAGGAGCACGCCGUGGCCGAGCAGAAGCGCGCCGAGCUGGACAAGGUGGCGCUGGUCCUGGGCCUGCGCGGGUCCGACAAGCACCGCCGGGAGGGCCGGCCGUCCGGGGAGCGCGAGCCGCCCCCCGAGAGGGCCCCCGCCAGAGCGCCCGAGAAGGCGCCUGCCGCCCCCUCCUCUAGCGUCCCGUCCGCUAAGGCCGCAUCCGCUUUGGGGUCCAGUCCUGAAAAACAGAAGCCAAUGAAAAGCGAGCGUGGCGCUCCGUCUCCCGAAAAGUCAGCGGAACUGUACGAGUACUAUGACUCCGGGAACCACUGGUGUAAAAACUGCAACACCGUUUGUGGCUCCAUGUUUGAUUUUUUCACACAUUUGCACAGCAAAUCGCACAGAAAGACCCUGGACCCGUAUGAUCGACCCUGGGCAUCGAACUCCUCGGGCAAAGAGAAGAAGCGGACCCCAGGAGAGAAGAUCGUCCGGCCGGCAAAGGGUUGUGAGUUUUUGGUCCCCGUGAUCGGAUUUUACUGCCAGCUGUGCGAAGAGUUUUUUGGGGAUCAAAUUUGCGCUGAGGAGCACGUCACGUGUCACAAGCACAACGGGAAGUACAAGAGACGCAUGGAGGAGUACCCGCUGUACGAGCAGAGGAGGAACCUGGACCGCCAGGCGGGCCUCUCGGUGGCCGCGGACAGCAGGGAGAGGAAGCAGUCAAACGAGCUCAAGCGAAGACUGGAGGCGGAGGAGGCCUCGGCGAGCCCGGAGAAGCGGCCCUCCAGCCCGGCGGACGAACCCCCGCCGAGUCACAGGGACCGCAAGUCCCAGAAUUCCAGAGAGGGGAAGCCCCCGCGCAACCACAAAGAGGAGACCUUCUCCAGUCGCAAAGAGGAGACCUUCUCCAGUCGCAAAGAGGAGACCUUCUCCAGUCGCAAAGAGGAGACCUUCUCCAGUCACAGGGAGGAGAAGGUGUCGGGGCACAGGGUGGAGAAAGCGUCCGGACACCGGGAGGAGAAGGACCCGGGACACAGGGAGGACUACCCCUCUGGGCACAGAGAGGAGCGACGCUCGAGCGUCAAAGAGGAGAGGGAGGGUAGGAGAAGGACGCCGGUGCGGGAGGGGAAAUCCCAGCCCCAAAAACCCGCGGAGCCGCCGCAAAAACCCGCCGGCGUUCCCAAGGCGAUCUCCGGGCCCAGCCCGGCCAUCCAGGCCAAGGUGAGGAAGAGGAACGAGGAGGCGGCCAAGAACGCCGCCGCCUCGGCGUCCGCCUUCGGGAAGUUCAGCUGGAAAAAACCGGAGAAAGAGAAAGAGAAAGAGAAAGAGAAAGAGGAUGAGGUCGAGAAGGACGAGAAAGCGAUGGAAAACCUUACGGAAGAAGAGGAGAACGGCGGGGACGACGGCGGAGACAAAGAGGAAGGGAAGGCUGCCUUGGCGAAGACCAAGACCAUCGCGAUCAAGCUGUCGGGGAAAACCGUCAUCCCUCCCUCCAACGCGUGGGUGCCUUUCGGCCCGGCGCAGCCCGCGACGGCCCCCGCGAAAAUUCGCCCGACUCUGUCCGCGCCCAUGAUGGUCCUGAGGAAGUCCAGUCGCAUCGCUGCCACCAAGCCCGCCCCCUUGAACACCUUCCUGUCCAUCAGGCCCCCCGGCAGCAGCAACAGCAAGCCCCUGCCGGUGGUGAAGCCCCCGGGCGAGCGGGACGCGGUGCUGACGCCGGACCUCAUAUCCAAGGCGUUCGGCGGCGAGGAGGUGGUUCUGAAAACUCCCGAGGCGCCGCCGGCGAAGGCUCCGCCGGCCUCCGACGAGAAUCGGCGAGAUCCCUCGCCGGACGCUAAGGAGGUGUCGCCUCCGCCGCCGCCGCCCGCGAAAACGACGGCCGCCGCUCAGCCGUCGGAGCCGCCGCCCCCGGGCGUGCGCCUGAUGAGCUUCGAGUCGGACGUGGCCGCCCCCGGGGUCCCCGAGAGCGAGCGGGCGGUGGCCGUGCUGGUGUGCCCUCCUCCCCUCCACAGGAACCUGGCCGAGGGCCCCAAGAGGAGCGGCGAUAAGCCCAAAUCCAGCAUGGCCGCCGCGAAGGCGCAGGACCUGUACGACAUCUUUUACAGCGGCGGCGCCGCCAGGAGCGGCGGUGGCGGAAGCGGCGGCGGUGGCUCGGACCUCCUCGCCGCGACGAAACCGCCCAAGGGCGCGGAGGCCGCGAAAAGCAAGGACUCGGGGGCGGGCGCCCCCAAAACCGAGAGCAAAAGUCAGACGGACGCCCCGAGUGCGCUAACGUCUGACGGCGGGGGCGGGGGCGGUGGAGGCGGCGGGGGCGGCAUGGAGCUCGGAGAGCAGGCGCUCGAAAUUCCCGACCCGGAAAAAGACGCUUCCUACCUCCAAAUGGACAUGGUGGACCUGGAUAUGUUCACGUUUAACUUUGAGUAGCUUGAUCAGAGGGACUUAGUGCUUCCUGAUUGUAGGGGGGUGGGGUGAGGUG